AAUCCAUGGGUACUAAAAAGGGAUAUGAAAAAAUAACGAAAGGUGGCUACAUAAAAGACCACACCGUGGCAGUACUUUCAAUGUAUCUGGUUGAAGAAAUCUGUAAAAAUGUAACCUUGUUUAGAGAUCCAAGUAAUUAAUUUUUGUCAACACAGCUUUUGACAGCGAAGAACCAAGGUCAUAUGGGAAGCCAGCAGGUACCUGGUGGAGGUGUUGGAGUCUGUCGAUGUGCUUGAACUGGAUGAUGUCAUCGAGAGGGUCAUGGAUGCUGUGGAGAAGCAGCCAUUGUCCUCCAGUAUGAUUGAGCUGGCUGUGGUGGAGACUGCUGUUCAGGACUGCAGCCAGUCAUGUGAUGAAACCAUAGAUAAUGUUUUCAACAUAAUUGGCGCUUUUGACGUGCCAAGAUAUAUCUACAGCACAGAGAGGAAGAAGUUUGUACCCCUCAACAUGACCACCCACUCUGUUCCAAGUCUCUGUGGCUCAGCCAGGGACAAGGCAGAGCUCUUUAGGGAACGCUACACACUCCUACAGCAGCGUACACAUCGGCACGAACUCUUCACCCCACCUGUAAUAGGGGCAGCAGCAGAAGAAGGCAGAAACAAAUUUCAGCUUCAGACUGUUGAAGCACUUUUAGGUAGUACGGCUAAACUAGGAGAGGUCAUUGUUUUGGGGAUGGUCACACAGCUUAAAGAGGGCAAAUUCUAUCUGGAAGACCCCAGUGGUACAGUACAGCUGAACCUCUCAAAGGCACAGUUCCACAGUGGACUUUACACAGAGUCCUGCUUUGUUUUGGCAGAAGGCUGGUAUGAGGACUCAGUCUUCCAUGUCAACGCAUUUGGAUUCCCGCCGACUGAGCCAUCAUCCACCACAAGGGCCUACUACGGUAACGUGAACUUCUUCGGUGGGCCGUCCACCACGUCGGUGAAGGCCUCAGCCAAGCUAAAGCAGCUGGAGGAAGAGAACGAGGACGCCAUGUUUGUGGUGGUCUCAGACGUGUGGCUGGACAGCGUGGAGGUGCUGGAGAAGAUCCACCUUAUGUUCUCAGGAUACGCAGCCAUGCCUCCUACUUGCUUCAUCUUCUGCGGCAACUUCUCCUCGGCCCCCUAUGGAAAAACACAAAUCAAAUCACUCAAAGAGUCGUUGAAAGUUCUUGCCGAUGCAAUCUGUGAAUAUCCCAGCAUCCACAACAGUAGUCGCUUCGUGUUCGUCCCCGGUCCUGAAGACCCUGGUCCGAGUACAAUUCUACCCAGGCCCCCAUUGGCAGACCACAUCACUGAGGAGUUUAGGCAGAGAGUGCCAUUCUCUGUGUUCACUACCAACCCAUGCAGAAUCCAGUACUGCAGCCAGGAGAUUGUUGUCAUCAGAGAAGACCUGGUGAACAAGAUGUGCAGAAAUUGUGUCCGACUGCCUAGCAGCAACCUCGACAUUCCAAACCAUUUUGUGAAGACCAUCUUGUCUCAGGGCCACCUGACUCCCCUGCCGCUGUAUGUCAGUCCAGUGUUCUGGGCCUAUGACUAUGCUCUACGGGUUUACCCCGUGCCUGAUGUCAUCAUCUUUGCGGACAAAUAUGACCCUUUCAACAUCUCCAACACAGACUGCCUCUGCAUCAACCCGGGCUCCUUCCCCAAAAGUGGCUUCACUUUUAAGGUAUAUUACCCAUCCAACAGGACCGUUGAAGACAGCAAACUUCAAAGCCUCUAAAGACCAUAAGGAUUAUUUUGGACGGGGGGGAAUCGGCUGUUAUGGUUGUGUAAAAAAAUGUUUAUUGUAAAAUAUGUCUAAAAAUACUUUUUGCUAAAUCCCUUUUUAUUUUAUUUGUAUGUACCUUUUGUAUCGUGGAGAAUAAAGGUUCACUGUCAUUGAA